CAACUUAUAAAACUAAGACUUGGUCACUGCUCUGCUCUGUCCAUUCUCAGUCAGACCUACUCUUCACUCUCUCUUUUUCUUCUUAUUCUUAUUCUUUAAUUUCAUUGCUACCCAGUUCGUUUAAAUCUUGUAUCUGUUAAUUUUCACUUCCUAUUAAGCUUAUUCUUCAUAUUUCACUAGUACCCAGUUUGUAUAAAUUCUGUAUCCUCUCUCAAUUUUCAGUUCUAAUCAUUUCAUUUGUUCAUAUGUAAGUAAAUGGUUUCCUGGAUUUGAAACUUAUGUUGUUUAUUCAUUAAAUUCUCAAACCUUGUUGUUUUCUUGGAAGAAAUUCAUUAAUUGUAGAGUUUAUGGAAACCUUAAUCCGAGGAUACAAACAUUCAGGUUCAAUGAACGGUUUCAAAUUCAACCACAAUACAAUCUCAUCAUUUUCACAAAGAAAUUUUGUGAAUCAUGAGUUUGGUAUCAUUCCAAAUGUUCCAAAUCCUAGCAAUAUAGCUCAAUCCUCCGAUCCGGAUUCUCCGGAAGAUGAAAAUACAAUUCUCAAGUACAUAAGCCAGAUGCUUAUGGAAGAAGAGGAUUUGGAGCACAAGCCUUGCAUGUUUCAAGACUGUAUGGCUCUCCAAGCUGCUGAGAAAUCUUUCUAUGAUGUUCUCGGAGAGAAAUACCCUCCUUCUUCGAUCGAAAAUCAACACCCUUUGUCUCUCCUUAAUCAAAAUCCAGAUAGCCCAAUAGAUAAUUUCACUGGAAAUUGCAGUAGUCAGAGCUGUAACAGCUCUGUUACUGUUGACAACUUCAUCGAGUCUGCCUGGUUUCGCGAUCGCGACAAAUUUGAACGCUCUUUUACGCAGUCUUCUCAUGGUGAUUACAACUUUGAUUCAGUUUUGCAGUCAUUUGACUCAUCAAACAGCUUCUUUAACCAGUUUUUCCAAUACAAAGAUCAUGGAAACAACGAUGAAAAUUCAAGGGUAGUGGUGGAUACUGAGAAGAAUGGAAGAGGCAAUUCGCCGAAUGGGUCGAGGGGAAAGAAAAAUCACGAUAGAGAGGAGAGUGAUUGUGUGGAAAGUGGGCGGAGUAACAAGCAGUUGGCUGCAAGUUCUAUGGAUGAGUCUGAUGAGGAACCGGAGAUGUACGAUAAGGUGUUGCUUUGUCCAGGUUUGAAUCCUCAUUUGCACGAGGACUCCGCGUCGUGUGUUGAUGAUAAUUAUGUUGAUCAUAAUGUUGUUGCCAGAGGGAAGCUACCUAGAGGAUCAAAUGGAGGAGGAAGGCCGCGUGGUAAGAGACAAGGCGGUAGCAAGAAAGAAGUUGUGGAUUUGAUGAGUCUGUUAACUCAAUGCGCGCAAGCUAUCGCGAGCAGCGACAGCAGAACCGCAAAUGAACUUCUGAAUCGGAUUAGGCAGUAUGCUUCUGCUUACGGUGACGGUACUGAGAGGUUGGCUUAUUACUUUGCUAAAGCGCUGGAGGCGCGCUUGGCUGGUGCUGGAACAAUGUUGUACACAGCUUUUGUUUCAACCGGGAUAUCAGCUGCCGAUAUCUUGAAAGGUUACCAAGUUUAUAUCAAAGCAUGCCCUUUCAAGAAAUUGUCCAACUCCUAUGCAAACCGAUCAAUUAUGAAACUAUCAAAGAAAGCAACGAGGCUUCACAUAAUCGAUUUUGGUAUUUUGUAUGGGUUCCAAUGGCCCUGCCUGAUCCAACGCCUCUCCAUGAGGGAAGGUGGGCCUCCUAAACUUCACAUCACUGGAAUCGAGCUUCCCCAACCUGGUUUCCGGCCAGCAGAAAGGGUCGAGGAGACGGGGCGUCGGCUAGCAAAGGAUUGCAAGCGAUUUAAUGUCCCGUUUGAGUUCAAUGCCAUAGCAAAGAAAUGGGAUACCAUUCAACUUGAGGAUAUCAAGAUUGAAGCGGAUGAGGUACUUGUUGUGAAUUGCUUGUACCGGCUAAAAAACGUUCCUGAUGACACGGUAGCAGUGAGUAGUCCACGAGACAUGGUUCUAAACUUAAUCAAGAGGAUUAAUCCAGAUUUGUUUGUCCAUGGAGUUCUCAACGGGAUGUUUAACGCGCCCUUUUUUGCCACUCGGUUCAGGGAAGCGCUCUUCCACUUCUCGGCGCUGUUUGAUAUGUAUGACGCUAAUGUACCGCGUGAAGAUCAUUAUAGGAUGUUGUUUGAGAAAGAGACCUAUGGAAGGGAUGUAAUGAAUGUGAUAGCGUGUGAGGGUACUGAAAGAGUUGAGAGACCGGAAACAUACAAGCAAUGGCAAGUUAGGAAUAUAAGGGCUGGGUUCAGGCAGCUACCGCUUGACAAGGAGAUCGUGGGGGAGGUGAGGAGGAAGGUGAGGCAGGGUUACAACAAGGAUUUCGUGGUGGACGAGGACAGUAACUGGAUGCUGCAGGGUUGGAAGGGGCGAAUCAUCUAUGCCAUCUCGUGUUGGAAGCCUGUGAAAGAGUACUAAAAAUUGAUUUUGUUGAUGAAUGGAGGCAAUAUGUAUGUACCUUCCAAGGUGUUUUUGGUUGAUUUUCAAUGUAGCAUUUUUACUUUUGAUGCCAGGAAGGUUUCUUUUGCAACCACUUCAUGUGGUUUUGAUGUACUGUUGUAAAAUUCUUUAGUUCAUUUUGAGUUUUUUAAUAUGAAUAAUUCAGUGGUUUACAAUCUUUGUUUGA